GGGUACUAACCGGACUGGAGGCGUCACCGCUCAGAGAGUACACGACCGAGCUCCGCACGGACACGGACACACGUCAGCUGUUCGCUCUGAUCACGGUUGUUUCUCGAAGACUUUGAAUCUGAAGACGCGUUCAGGGACCCUUUUUUCCCCUUCUUCUCUCCAAGCGUUUAGUUUCUCCAUUUUUCUGAAUCCAGUUCUGCUCCGGGUAGAAGAUGAAUUCACUUGGCAGUUCCGCCAAAUGGACGUCUUACGGCUCGCUGCCCUCCAGCCUGAGCUUUGUCCUCAGCGAGACUGAGGAUGAGGCGGACGUGUUCUCGGAGGGAGAGGGCGACUGCGGCAGAACAAAGUCCCUCACCGCCGACAAAGGGAUCACGUUUUCGGGACGCUACAUCGUUAUGCCACCGUACUCCGAUCUGUGGUAUUCGAGGUCCAAGAUCGAUCGGUCUAAACACUGCCCUGAUGGAACUAUGCAUCCAGACUCAGCCGUUCCCUCUGGAGCUGCCACAUUAGGCUCAUCGUCGGCGACACCAGGGGACCUGGCCUUCGCACAGAAAUGUGCAGAUUUGCACAGGUUUACCCGUCCUUUGCUUGAACUCCUGCAUGGACUAAAAACAGGGCGAUUUGACAAAGGUCUAACAAGUUUCCAGCAGAGUGUCGCCAUAGAUAGAUUGCAAAGGAUUCUUGGAGUUCUGCAGAAGCCUGAUAUGGGUGAGAGAUACCUCCAGAAUCUGCUACAGAUAGAGAUGAUGCUAAAGAUCUGGUUCCCUCAGUUGGCAUUCCAGUCAAUAGUUGCACCAAAACAGACCGUCGCUCCCCGGCUGCCACCGCGCUGGCGCCAAAAUCAGCUCCACAUGCCAGUUAAGAAGAGAAAACUGAGCUGGUCGGAUUCUGACGUCCCAACCAAACACAGGCACCAUCAUCAACUUCAAAAACAUUGGAGCUGCCAGGCUUCGACUGCACUUGAAACCGUUUCCACGUGUCUACCCGGAUCUCCCACAAAAAUGAAAACUCCAGAGGAAGGAACAGUGGAGGCAGCUGCGUGCAGCUGCAGAGCUGGACACGAGUUUACAGACAGCGCUGGCACUGUUUGCAGGUUGGCAUAUUUGUGUAGCAACGGACAAAAUGAGACCCGGACACCGUCUGAGGUUUCUCUGUCCUCCCACUCUGGCAGCCCAGUUACACAAGACAACUCGGUGUCCUCCAGUGACACCAUUACCACAAAUGACUCCCGUUAGCUGGACUUAGCUGACCUUGCUGCCACAAGGAGGUGCCACAUCAUGCGAGCCAGCAUGAAGGCAGACGCAGGACUUGAUUACAUAAGCAUAAAGUUAGGUGCAAAGUCAGUCUGUAAUGGCUGCAGGCCACUUAAAACCGACGAGGGCGAGGAGGAGGUGAAAUGCUAACUAUCCACUGUGGUUUCUGAUUUCACCAGUUAUUGCACUAUAUUACUUGGAAUUAUAUAUUGUUUGUCUGUAAGAGUGUCACUUUUGUAUAAAUUGAUUUAAGUUAAAAGGAAAUACUUUAACAGUUGUGAAAGCAAUCUGUGCUGUUUUUUUUUUUCUUCCUUCAUAUCAUGGAACGCAGCCCAGAACAGUAAUAUGAUAGGAUUUCAUGCCAUUGGUGAAAAACAGAAAUAGCACAUAUCAGUUUGAUAAAGGUGAACGAACAUGAGGAUCACUGCUGGUACAAUUUACAGCUGAAACUAUAAAAACUCAUUUGUCUAUAAAAUAUUUUUUCAAACAAAAUAGCUGGUUCCAACUUCUUACAUCUGAUCUUUAUUUUUAUUCUUUCCCCCUUUCUAUGUCACACAUAAUAGUAAACUGACCAUCUAUUGGUUUUAACUUGUGCUCUGGCAACCUCUUAUGAGCAUUUUUCAAAAAAGUUGAGUUUAGAAAAUAAUUGAUAGCUUAAAUUGUAGCCAAAAUAACUGUAGCCUUGUUACAAUCACACACAUGCAAUCAUAAAUGCUAUUUUAGAAAAUAUUAUUUGAGAAUGUUGAAAUAUUUUUUUUAAGCUGCUUGAUUACAAUCAAGCAGCGUUGUAGAGUAAAGAAUGUACCUGCUAAACAGAACCAGUUUAAUAUGAUGAUGCAGAAUAUUAUUUUAUUAUGAUAAUGCAGAGCAUCGGGUGGUGCACCUGAAACGAGUGCUUCACAGGUGCUUGAGUGGGAGACUUUAGUGGCAAACUUGUUGUGUCUUUGGUUUUUUUAUUUGUCAUAAUUUCAUCUUGGCACCGUGGAUGGAAAUAUUUCAAAGGCAUAAAAAGUACAUUUAGCUUGAUUUUUAAGCUAAAUUAAAAAAAAGAACAGCUUCUCUAUCCCAUUUUAAAAUAGAUUGUGUCACUGACUGACUGUUGUAAAAAAAAAUGUUUUUUCACUCAAAGUGCUUUACUAUUGUUUAUUUGAAAAGGAAUAAUGUCAUUUAGACAUCACAAACAAAACUCCAUUCCUGAUCACAUCAGGUAUUUUUGAUAGCAUUUCCACCAUAUUUUUGACAUAUCAUUCAUGUUGAAUGGCGUUUCAUAUCCUGAUAGUUUGUCACCAGUCAACCUUAAAGGUAACCACAAAACUUGCCUGAAAUGACAUAAACAAAAGUUGUAUUAUUCAACUGACCAUGGUGAAAUUGUCAUCUUACCACUCGUGUCAUUGCAAACCAAGUGUGCUGCUGUGUACAUGUCCCUCAGGCUUUACCACUAGUAAUCUUCAUUGGUUUGGGAUUAGGUUAUUUAAAAUCCAAUCCAAAAAAGCAUGUGGUAGAGAACAAUAGCAUAGUGUUGUAUUGUUUUGGUCUAUAAAAUGUCAUCAAACAGCAUACCACAGGAAAUGUUUUUGCUGUGCUGGGUUCCACAUCUGUGAAAACAACAUUUGCGAAAUGAAAGAAUUCUGAAAGUUUAGUAAAAAAAAUAAUAUAUAUUACUCCCCAGUUAUGUCUUAAUUUUUUUCAUGUUUUUAGUGUCUUUUCUUUUAUGCAAUUUCUGUUUCUGAUGAUGAGACUGUCACUACUGGUGAUUGAUUGAUAAAUAUUUUUUUAUGAAUGAUGUGGUUCAUCACAAUACACUGUGUUGAUUUUUGGCACAUUUUUGCUUUUUUUUAACAAAGUUUUUCUUUAAUUUAAAUAAAUUGAUAAUUUAUUGAAACGUU